AUGAACCGACAACAGCAAGCUGCCGAGCGGUCUCUCCAUGACCAGACAAACAUAUUGCCGUUUCGCAAGUUAAUCAUCGUCUUUUCUGGUCUCGCAAUCUCGCUACUCGUCACUUUCGUGGACCAGAAUGGAAUCAGUGUCACCCUCCCGACUGUUGCCAACGAUCUCAAUGCACAGAAUUCCAUAUCCUGGGCCGGUACAUCGUCCCUAAUUGCCAACACGAUGUUCACGGUACUUUAUGGUCGCCUCUCAGACAUAUUUGGUCGCAAAAUCGUAUAUUUAUGCGCGUUAGCUCUACUCUGCAUUGCGGACUUGCUAUGUGGUCUUUCGCAAAAUGCUGCCAUGUUCUAUGUCUUCCGUGGAGUAGCUGGAAUUGCUGGCGGUGGCGUUACGUCUCUGACCAUGAUCAUUGUAUCGGACGUCGUCACUCUUCAAGAGCGUGGCAAGUAUCAGGGCAUCCUAGGUGGUGCGCUCGGACUUGGGAAUGUGAUAGGCCCUUUUAUAGCGGCCGCAUUCAUCAUGAGAUCGACAUGGCGCGGAUUCUUCUGGCUUAUCUCCCCACUGUCAGCACUCUCGAUGGUUGUCGGAUAUCUUCUCAUUCCAAACAAUGCUCGGAAGGAUGGCUUCAAAAAAAGCUUGGGCAGGAUUGAUUUCUAUGGUAUCCUUGCGUCUUCGAUUGCGGUUAUCUUUAUAUUGCUUCCCAUUUCUGGGGGUGGUUCUUACUUCAACUGGGACUCUGCUAUGGUCAUUAGCAUGCUGACGAUUGGUGGCUGCUCCCUUAUUGCAUUCAUCUUCAUUGAAUGGAAAGUAGCCAUGCUACCUAUGCUUCCCAUUGUGUUCUUCAAAAACAAGGUGAUCUGCGCACUUUUCCUGCAAAGCUUUCUUCUGGGAGCAGUUUACCAAGCCUAUCUUUACUAUCUGCCACUUUACUAUCAGAACGCACGAGGAUGGACGCCGAUUGUUUCUGCUGCCCUAACGGCACCUAUGGUCGCCUGCCAAUCGAUUGCCUCCAUUGCGUCAGGUCAAUAUAUUUCACGACUUCAGCGUUAUGGCGAGGUGAUUUGGUGUGGUUUCGGUCUAUGGACAUUAGGAGCUGGGUUGAUGCUGCUUUUCGACCGUACAACUAAUCCCGGUGUCAUCGCUGUUAUUGUUGGAAUUGCUGGAGUCGGGGUUGGAUUCACAUUUCAACCGACCAUGAUCGCCUUCCAAGCACACGCUACGAAAUCACAACGCGCCGUUGUUAUCUCAGACCGCAACUACUUCCGUUGUUUGGGGGGCGCAUGUGGACUGGCCGUUUCGGCUGCUAUCUUACAGGCUACACUGAAGACCAAUCUGCCAGAUGGAUACCAGCAUCUAGCCCAUUCUACAUACAGUCUGCCAUCAAAGUCCAGCAUUCCGGAAGCAGAUUGGGAGAAUAUCCUUACAGCGUAUGCAAAGGCUUCUCAUGCGGUAUUCAUUCUACAGGUUCCCCUUAUCGGAUUGGCUUUUAUUGCUUGCAUGUUCAUUCGGGACCGGGGCUUGGAGAGACCGAAGGAUCCUCACGAGGAGGAGGCUAUCAAAGAACAGCAGCAACAACAAAGUCAAGAGAAGUCCGACGCCCAGGAUCUAUCCGGGCAGGCGCCCGACACUGAGACGACUGAAGAACGGUCAACCUCAGGGCAUAACGAGCCUGAGGGAAUGCCCUCAGUUGAUUCAAAGGAUCCAGCUCGGUCACCUUGUUGA